AAACCUCAUUUGGUUCAACAUAAUUUUUCCAGAUUAACUGAUUAGCUUUCUCAAUAAAUAUGAAAAAAAUAUAAAAGACGAAAAACAGUACAAGUGUACGGGUUUGUUUACUUUCAUGGCUGAAACCUGCUUCAAUGUGUCGUAUGCAGCUGCAUAUGCCUAAGAGUCGUGAUCUUGGCUUGAAUUUACAACAUAGACAAACUAUUAAAUGAUAUUAGGACAUCACCGGCGUCCUUUCUGAUGUUGUAUAAUUGAAGAACAGUGGUUGUGGAACACAAUGAGCAAAUCCUCAAACAAGAGCAGUUCUAGGAUUGCCCAGUUGUCAGAGCAACUGGAAAGGCUGCUAGCUGUGGAGAAAACAUCAAGAGACUUGGAACAACUGCGUUAUGUCACACUCAAGAUGUACCAGCUACUGCAAACACAAGAUAAAGCCAAAAAGGAAAUGAUAAAUAAAAUAUGUGAGAAAGCAGCAGUGUUACUGGGCCUUUUAGAGAACUGCAAUGACACUCAACUAAUGUUGAAUAUUCUGGGUUGCUGUUUAGAAAUAUCAGCUGGGGGAAAGAAAUGUGUAGCAACUUUAGCAGGACAUGGGGCAGUCGACAUUCUUCUCAAGAUUCUUAAGAUGGAAAUAUCUGAACCAUCAAUUGUGGAAGAAACUUUAGUCUUGGUUCAUUCAAUUCUUGCUAGGAUUGCACCGAAAGAUCGAAAGUUUGCGCUGAAAUCUCGGUUAACUGGCGCGUUGCAAAUCACAAUGGAUGUAAUCAGACAAAAUGCCAAUAAUUUUAAAGUUCUCCAUCCUGCUCUGUUGGUGAUCAAAAUUUCCGCCGGAAGCAGUGUGAAUUGCAACGUCCUAAACAAGGCAGGAUUUAUCAAUAUAUUAUUUCGCAUACUCUCUAACUGUGGACAUAAACGUGUCACAACUUUGAAGCUCGUUCUUGAUCUAAUUGCUAUUCUUGUAAAGUCAAAAGGUGUUGCAGCCAAAGCGGUAAACUUAAGCGGAGUUGAAAUUCUCCUCCGCAUGUUUUAUGAUUGGCAUAGAACAGAUCAUCAUAACAGACAAACUGCAAUCAGGAAAGCUCUGCUGAACUCAAUGAAAGCACUUGUAUCUACAAGGGCAGGUAAAGCAGCGUUUCUGCAAUCAAAUGGGAUGAAGACACUUUUUGUGUUGACCAAUGAUACCAGUGAACACAAAGAAAUGGACGGUAUAAACAGCGUAAUAGUACAGAUCCUGAGGUUAUGCAUGCCAGAGAACACUCUUCCGUUAACCAGUAACCGAACUAUGAUUACGUUUGAACUGCCGAAGAUUAUUGGGGAGAGUGCCUCAGGCGAUGACAAUGGGUCUGAAGAAGUAGAAAAGGACAGUGAAGAGGAAUCAUCUCCACUGGAGUCCGAAGAUGAAGAUGUUGGAGUGACGGAAAGUCAAGAAGAUUCAGAGUAUAUUUCACAAAGUAGAGCGGGCCCUGCUGCUGCUGGUGAAAAUACAACGAAUAAAACGCGAAGUAAAGCUGAGCUGGUUUCCAUGUAUCAUCAGUUCUUUCAAGAGAUGACUUGCACCAGGGAGAAUAAAGAAGAAUGCAAUUCUGAAGAUACUCUUGGUCGAGACAAUUCUGCGGCAAUUAAAAAACCAAUCGUUAUUCCAACGGCCAAACUGGACUUGACCUCGUCAUCGUCGUUCGACCACUGCAGCAAUCACUUGGCGGACGAUUGUUGUGGCUGCGAAGAAAAUGAAUCUCCCAGACAGGAUCCUUUAUGUGAUGAGGAAGAUUUCUUAGCGGGUGGUUCAGUAUCAUCCCCCAAGGCAGUGUCGUAUACAACUGGAACUCAUGACAAUAAAUCAAGACCCUCAUUACGAGAUGGCAUUUACGAUAUCAGAAUGAAAGUUCGAAGUGUCUCUGAAUUUGUCAAGACACCUUCGCCUGAUGUGUACGGACACUACCCACCGCUACACCCUGAACCUCUUUAUACCAAGAAACCUGGAAUACAAAGGUCGAUGUUGUUGAAAGAUAUCGAGCGUGUUCUUCAAGAUCAGAAAGUGGUUAAUAAAGUGGUGUAUGAUUUAAAUCCUGAGACCGAUAUUGGUCCUGCAACCGCGUCAAACGGCCGGGAAUGUUCUUCAGAUAUGACACGUGGUUCAACAAGCUCUAUUCGUAGUGACAAAGAACAAAAAGUGAAUGGGAAAAGAUCCCUUUCCUUUGAAUCACGAUUUGAAAGUGGAAAUCUACGCAAAGCAAUUCAGGUUUGUGAAAAGGAAUACGAUCUUAUCCUGAAUUCUGAUGUCAACUGCCGCAGUCAUCACCAGUGGUUUUAUUUUGAAGUCGGAAACAUGGAGGAGAAUGUUCCGUACAAGUUCAAUAUUAUCAACUGUGAGAAGGUUAAUAGUCAAUUCAAUUUUGGUAUGCAGCCAGUAUUAUAUUCAUACAAGGACGCUGAAGAUGGUGACCCUGGCUGGAUCAGAACAGGAUCAGACAUUUGUUACUACAAGAAUCAUUAUAAACGACCAUGUUCCAAUCCGAAGACAGAACGGGAAAAAUAUUACUACACGCUCACAUUUACGAUAGAAUUUCCAUAUUCAGAUGACCGCUGCUACCUUGCAUAUCAUUUUCCAUAUUCAUUCUCCUUGCUCGAGAACCAUUUACUGACAUACGAAUAUCGUCUUGAUCCUGAAAAAAUCCUGUAUAAACGGCAGGUUAUUUGCGAUACGUUAACGGGAAAUCCAUGUUAUCUAAUUACAAUAACCUCACCAAACUCUAAUAACGAUAACCGGCCGUAUAUAUUUCUGUGUUCGAGGGUUCAUCCAGGAGAAAGCAAUGCUAGCUGGGUAAUGAAAGGUGUGUUGGACUUCCUGUUAAGUAACAAGAUCACCGCAAGGGUUUUGAGGGAAAUAUUUAUUUUUAAAAUAAUACCUAUGCUAAACCCAGAUGGUGUAAUAAAUGGUUGUCAUCGUUGUUCAAUAUCUGGUGCUGAUCUCAACAGACAAUGGCUGGAUCCCGAUCCUAUUCUCUUUCCAACUAUUUACCACGCGAAGGGGCUGCUGCUUUACUUACAGGCUAUGAACAAGACACCAUUGGUAUUUUGUGAUUUUCAUGGCCAUUCACGCAAGAAAAACGUCUUUAUGUACGGAUGUCAUAGUCCAACCGCCGAUCUACCGGUCACAAUCGUUAACUCCGGCUCUGAAUCAGAUUCCUCUAAUGUCGGUGAAGCCGCAGUGAGGGAAACAAAUCAUAGGACAUUGCCAAGAAUUUUACAUUCCAUCGCACCGGCUUUCUCCUUUCAAAACUGCAGUUUUGUCGUGGAGUCCUCCAAAGAGUCGACUGCAAGAGUUGUGGUCUGGAGAGAGCUGGGGGUAACAAGGAGUUAUACCAUGGAGAGUACUUAUUGUGGAACGGAUCAAGGACCAUACAAGGGUUUUCAUAUUGGCACGAAGGAACUUGAAGAAAUGGGUCGUUGUUUCUGCGCAGGUCUUCUAAAGCUUGGAAACGGUAGUAGUAUAACAGCACUACUUGGUACCAUUCCUAAAUUGAGCAUGGAUGAACGUGAUCCUGAGGACGACAUUUUGCUCCCUGACGGUGACCUCUUUGCUCCUGUUGAUACGUACCCUUAUGAAGGACGUGAUUACGCCACGCAACUCUUAGUUUGAGGAUUUUCAAAUUGAAUAUUAUGCCUGCAUCGAAUAAUACUGACUGAGCCUGGGAAAGAAUUUGAAAAGUCCGAUUCGGCAUAACUUUAUUUCCAACCAAUUUCGCAUCCAAUUGAAGGGCAACAUGCUUCCCACGCAAACGCGGAAUGGAGUUAUUUUUUAGGAUUUUCUCCGUUUCAUUUGGGUAAAAAUAU